GAUGUGCAGCUCCGAGAAGGAAGGGGGUGAGAGGGGAGGUGCUGCGGCGGUAGAGGCAGCGGCUUUUGCUGAGCUUCCACGGUCCGGGAGCUCCAGCCAUCUGGUGGGUCGCUGCGAGUCGCCACCCUCAAGGCAUCCGCGGGGUCAGAGGCGAGAGACUCUUCGCUGCCUGAAGUCAUUGUUUGCCAGUCUCGGGAGACUCCCUGGAAAGGUUUUCUGAACAGCAGUAGGAGCAAACAUGAAUGUUGGAGUUGCCCACAGCGAGGUGAAUCCAAAUACCCGUGUAAUGAACAGCCGGGGUAUGUGGCUGACAUAUGCAUUGGGAGUUGGCUUACUUCAUAUUGUCUUACUCAGUAUUCCCUUCUUCAGUGUUCCUGUUGCUUGGACCUUAACAAAUGUUAUACAUAAUCUGGGGAUGUAUGUAUUUUUACAUGCAGUAAAAGGAACACCUUUUGAAACUCCUGACCAGGGUAGAGCAAGGCUCCUAACUCAUUGGGAACAACUAGAUUAUGGAGUACAGUUUACAUCUUCACGGAAGUUUUUCACAAUUUCUCCAAUAAUUCUAUAUUUUCUGGCAAGUUUCUAUACGAAGUAUGAUCGAACUCACUUCAUCUUAAACACAGCUUCUCUCAUGAGUGUGCUAAUUCCCAAAAUGCCACAGCUACAUGGUGUGCGGAUCUUUGGAAUUAAUAAGUAUUGAAAAUUUUUGAAACUGAAGAAAAAUUUUUACAACUACUGAGUUGCCUAUAAGAAAGGAUGGUUAGUAAACUGCACUGCUUCUGUGAUAGCGUGACAUGAGGGGUAUUUACAUUGGAGAGCCAAUUGCUGGUUCUUCAUAUGCUAUUUUGAAGUGCAGAUUUUUACUAGAGGAUGCCUCUGUUUAAUACAUCUGGUAUAUUUCUGAAAAGAGGCUUAAUAGGCAGGCUGGGCAGGCCCAGCUUAUAAGUUAAAGCUAUAAACUAUAAGCUAUAAAGUGAGGGGUUAGUAGAUAAAUCCAAGGAAAUAGAUUUAUAAGAAACUAAGACCAGCUUAGCUUAUAUUGAAUGGGCAUUAUGUUAGGAGAAAAAGAAAUUCCAAUCAUUCAGUCAUGGUCAGUUUAAGCUGGCUUACAUGUAAACCAGAAUCAUCUCUUUACGAGUUUAUAGUAGAUUAUUUUUAAUACCAUAUAUAUUCCUCUUGUGUUAUAUAAGAGGAUGUAUACCCUCUUGUUUUAUACAAGCCAAACCCUACCUUAUGAGUCUACUUUUUUUCGUUUUGCUAGCUCAACAUUGUGUGUUGAUAGAUGAAGUCAUUAACUUACUGAGUUUAUGGAGGUCCACUUUUAUGACUGAUUGAUAAUAGAAGAUAGCCAGGCAUCUUAGAAAUAGCCUCUGAGUCAGCCGCCUAAUUUUGGAACAAAGUAGGUUUGCUGCUUUUGCAGACAUAAGCCUGCUAAACCAAUUAAAAUAAUUUAUUUUACACAGUUAAAGUAUAUGGUAAUUUAAAAGUCUCUGCUUAUUUGAUUGAGCUAUCUAAUUGUUAAAGUCUGCCAUUCUUUAGAAAAGGAAAUAUAAAAUAGAUAACUAUAUAGCCAACGUGUGGUCUGGCAGAAACUGCUUCUCUAGCAGUAGUACCAGAGUAAAUAAUGGAGUAUUUUUUAGCAGUCCUGGAGUAAAAGAUAACUUUGUCUUUUUUAGCCUUCCUAUUCUCAAUCCCCACAUGUUGCCUUUCAUUACACGAGUCUUAGUGUAGAUAACCCAAUGUGAUAGUUACUUCCAAAGCAGCAACCAUACUGAAUUCUUAUGACUUAGAGAAGCAUCUUGUAGUUGCUAACAUUAAUUGCAAGAAAUAACUAUAUACUAUUUUGAGAAAUAUGUCCAACAAACGAACUUCUAAUAUGGGAUAAAACUGAAAAAAUUAGUAACAUUUGUAAACAAAAUUGAAAAGUGUUACAGAGCAACUUAAAAAUCAAUUUGUUUCAAUAAACUGACUUUUGUGGGGUAAUGAUCAUUGUUCUGUAUUUCAAAAGUACUGACUUUAGAAAUCAGUUGUAUGAUAAUGCCUUUGUAUGUUUGUCUUUUCCCGUGUAUUUUUAAAUAACCAGUAAUGUAUACUUCAAUAAAUUUUUUUCUCUUUGGUUUAGGAUUAUUGCAAGAUCUCUCAAAAUUCAGUCGUCAAUAUUAUACUUUUAUUUUUCAAGGGUUUUGUUUUUUUAAGCAACUGAAUUUGUACAAUUAGAGUAGUUAAAAAUAUCCCUUUGUUUUUCUUCAUUUUAAAGUUUAUCUCAAAAGGCUUACAUUUUUUUGCAGAGACUUCAGAGAUAGAAAUCCGGCUCUAAUCCAGGCCUUGUUCUGUUUUCCCCACUCUUCGCCCUUCAGUUUUUAAAAAAAAUACUAUUCAGUAGCUUGGAGGGUCCACUUUGUUGUAGGUAUUGUUUUAGGUAUUGUGGGUAGUUUAUAAACAAGUCCUUUUUCUCAUGUGCUUACAUUCAAGUUGGAGAAUGGAUAAUAAAUGAGUAAAUAAAUACAUAUGAUGAAUAAAUGCCAUGGAAGGAAAAAAGUUAAGCAGGUGAAAGGCAGGAGAGCCUGCCUCAGAAGGGCUUCCCUAUAGAUCUUAACUCAGGUGACGUCACUGAUGGACACAGACCUUACUGAUGUGAAGGAGUAAGCAGUACAAAGAUGUGGAGAAAGAGGUCUCCCAGUAUAAGUAAUGACAUAUUGAGGCAUGAAUGAGGGUGGUGUGUUUGAGGAAAAACAAGACAGCCACUGGGGCUAGAAAGGAGUAAUAAGGAGGAUGAGAUGGUGGCAAAUGAGAUCAGAGAAGUAUGUAGGGGUCAGAUCAUAUAGGGCUUUAGAGACCAAGGUAAUGAGUAAACUUUACGCUAAACUUGACAAAGCCAUUGGAGAGUUUUACACAGAUGAGAGGGAUCUAUUUUUUUUUUUUAAAGGUUAGGGCUAAUGUUGAAAAUAAACUGGAAGGGAAUUGGAAGCAGGAAGAAUAGUUUGGAAACUACUACAGGCAAGAGGUAGCUCAGAUUAGGGAAACAGCCAAUGAAGUGGUGAGAAGUAGUCAGACUUGGGCUAUACUCUGCAAAUACAGCUCACAAAAUGAUGUACUGAAUGCGGGAUGGGGGAGGAAACUAAAAUAACUCCUAAUUUUUUGGCCUUAACGCCUACAUGAAUGGUUGUGUUAAAUACGGAAACUUUCCAAUUUCACAAAUUUGUACAGUUUAAUGUAAAACAAAACAAAACACGUUUUUUUUUUAAAAAUACAAUGACUGUUACUUGGAACAAAAUCAAUUGUUACUCUAUAAUUGCUCCAAAUUUCAAGUCAGGAGAUAUAAUGGCAAUUUCUAAAUAGGCAUGAAUUUAAAAAUGCCAUUCAUUUGUGAGUGCCAUUAUUUCCUGCAGCAGUUAUUAAACUCCACUAGUGGCUUCUAGUUCCAUCAUUUCUUUUCCAUGUGCUUAUUGGAAUUCUGUAAGGAAGAUUUUCCCUUCUCCAUUUAAUUAUUCAGUCAUUUAUAUUAUGGGCUCAUGCAUAUUUUAUUCUUUGGUUUGUAAUCCAAUAUCCUUAUUAAUUUGUUGCUCAAAUUAUCUUCCAGCUUUGGCCAUUGGGAGCCAAAGUUCCCAGUGGAACUUUCCAAGUUUGGCUCCUGUGUCCUUUUGACCUGACCAUCCAUUUUUUAAAAAGCAAACAAACAUAGAACUAUAUUUUUUAGGUUUUUGGCACUAUUGUCUAUUAAACUAUAAAAAUCCUAAGGGGCAUAACAAUAUCUCCUUAACUAAUAUCUGCGUGAAUUAUUAGCCUUAUAGAGCUGUAUGAUGCUACAAGUUGGAAAAGACCCUAGAGGCUAUGUAAUUCAACCUAUCUUACCUUGAAUUUUCAUUAAUGCUAUGCCUCCAUUCAGUUCUGUGUUAGUGCUAAAGAAGGACGACUUAAAAUUUACACGGCUGCAUUUUUGUAAUGGAAUUUAUAGUUUGUUUUACACUGAAACAUAAUCUAAUCCUUAUUCUGUAUAACUCAAUUAUUUAACUUUUAAACUUACCAACAGCACUGAAUAAACAUUACCAGAGACUUCA